UCCCACCAUACCAGCCGUCGUAUCUCUCACCCUCCGCGCUUGUCUUAUUUAAGGAUUCGAAUCCUUCUCGUUCUCGUUUCUCUCUCUUCUUUCCUUUCGCUGGGCUUCUCGCUCUCUCCUUCACUUCGAUUCCUUAGCUAGGUUUCGCUUUUUGUUUCUCGAUUAGGGUUUUAGAAUUCUUCUCGGAUUCUUCUAUCCUCCUUCGAUUCCGCCUCGGAUUAUCCAAUUUGUUUUUUUUUUUUCUCGAUUUAUUUCCUUAAAUUGGGGGGUUUGAUUUGGUGAUUCUUUUCCCUGUCUCUGUGGAAAUCUCUGGUUUUCUAGGGUUUGAGCUUUGGGUUUGGGUCCCUGGAGGCCAUGAACUUCACGGCGACUGACGGAGCCGAUGAUGGCUCUUCCCAGCAGGAGCCCCCUGAUCCUGACAUCAGAGAGAAGGAUCCAACCGGCCGAUAUAUCUGCUAUAAGGAGAUCUUAGGAAAAGGAGCAUUCAAGACUGUAUAUAAAGGUUUUGAUGAAGUAGAUGGUAUUGAAGUAGCAUGGAAUCAAGUCAUGAUCAAUGAUGUAGUUCAAUCUCCCCAGGAUUUGGAGCAGUUGUACUCUGAAGUUCAUCUCUUGAGAACCUUAAAACAUGAAAACAUCAUCAAGUUCCAUACUUCCUGGAUUGAUGAUCAGAACCAGACCGUCAAUAUUAUUACUGAGUUGUUCACCUCUGGAAAUUUGAGACAGUAUAGGAAGAAGCAUAAGACUGUAGACAUGAAAGCUUUGAAGAGAUGGGCAAGGCAGAUAUUGAUGGGGCUUGACUACCUCCACAGUCAUCAGCCUCCGAUCAUACACCGGGACUUGAAGUGUGAUAACAUAUUCAUCAAUGGUAACCAUGGGGAAGUCAAGAUUGGUGAUCUCGGGUUUGCGACCGUUAUGCAACAAUCACAUGCUCGAAGUGUACAUGGAACCCCAGAGUUCAUGGCACCUGAGGUAUAUGAUGAGGAUUACAAUGAGUUGGUAGAUAUAUACUCCUUUGGGAUGUGCAUGCUAGAAAUGGCUACCUUUGAGUAUCCCUACUGUGAAUGCAAAAACAAUGCUCAAAUAUAUAAGAAGGUUUCUAGUGGGAUAAAACCUGCUGGACUUGCCAAGGUUAAAGAUCCAGAAAUGAAGGCUUUUAUAGAAAAAUGUCUUGUUCCAGUUGCUCAGCGAUUGCCUGCAAAGGAGCUCCUAAAAGAUUCUUUUCUCCAGUUGAAUGGGAAGCCUGAAGCAAACCCUUCGUUGCUUCCUACUGCCAUUAAGAAUCAUGGACAACAGAGCAUUUGCAUUGUUGUUAAUGAAGAUGAAGCUGAUCUUAUCAGUAUAACUGAAGGUGCUAUGGUGGAUGGUUCACAGUUUGUCCCUUUGGAGGUUCUCAGGAGACGAAAAGGUUCUGAGUGUAGACUGAAAGGGCAGUGGAAGGGGGACAGCCACAUAUCAUUAUUAUUACGGAGACAAGAACCGGGUGGUGAUCCAGUUAAUAUUCAGUUCCCAUUUCUUCUAAACAACGAUUCAGCACUUUCUGUUGCUAAUGAAAUGGUUGAACAACUUCAAAUGCCUGAAAGUGAUGCAAGGUUCAUAGCUGAGUUGAUUGAUACAUUAUUAGUCAACUUAGUACCUGGUUGGAAACCAUGUGUUCCUGUGGGCAAUUUAGCAGCUCUUAAUGGGAACCAAGAUCUUAAAGACAAGCCCAAGGAUCUUCAUUUGGUCGCGGGUGUUGAGAACUCCAUUGGUUCUAGUCAGAUAACCGCCCAAGCAACGCACAGGAGCCCUCCUUCCUGCCAUAGCUCAAGCUUUAACUGCACUAUUCAGCCAAUAGAAGGUGCUCCUGCCAUUGGAAGGCUUAUUUGACACAGUGGUAACUUUGACCCUCUUGGUAAUCCUUUUUCAGAUGACCAAGUUUCCUGUCCAGCAAAUGUACCUACAUGGCGUGUUGAUCUUGAGUCUCUUGAUGCUGCAGCAUCAGAUGAAAAGGGGUUCCUUUCCAGUAUUUGUUUCUGCAGUCUCAAAUGAGACAAAUGAUAAAAAGUGCCAAGACAUACACUCAUUCAAUUCAUCAGCCUGAAGUGGCUGGUGUCUAUGAUGAUGUUACCCAAAUGUUAAGGGUAACAACUUCUGAUGUUUGAGUUUGUAUGUGUGUUGAUGGGAAAGAGAUGGUCUCCAAAGGAGUUAGUCUGAGUGCCUAUUUUAGAUUCUAAUUUCACACUCUCAAGAAUUAACUUUGUAGCAAAUUUUCUUGGUUUAUUAAGAUCUUGUUGUUCAUAUAAUGAUUGAAAGGAAAUAACUUACUUGAA